GCUCGUCAAUUGAGUAAACGUCAUUGAAACUGUCGUUGACUGACGAGGGAGCUCCAGCUUAAGCUCGCGGGUUCCAAAGGACGCUAACGUUAGCGGCCGAACGCCGAGCCUCCCCUUAUGUAUCCAUACCCCGCCAUGACCCAUCACGCAUCCAUCCAUCCAGACGACCACCACCCCGAACAGCAAUGGCGACAACGACGAUAGCCGACGAGGACGACACGUACAUUGACUACGACGCCUUCCUAACGCCUCAAUUCUCGGCGCACUCCUUCGCCAACACGUUAAUCCUGGGCACAAACGUUGAUCCAUCGGAUCCCACCCUCGACCUGACCACGCCAUUGUCGCGCGUCCUCUUCGAUUUGCAGGAGAUAGAUACGCACAUUCACGCGCUCACUACUGCCUCCGCACUACCGCUAUUGUCGUUCACCGCUACAUCCCGCGAUGCCUCGGAAUCCGUCCUGGCAGCCGUGGAUGCACAGCUCGAUGCUCUGAAGACCGCGCACGAGCGGUUGCGCCGCGAUGUCGCGGACCGCAGUCACGUGGCUGGACAGGUUCUCGUCGCGGUGGAAAGGCUCCACGCCGUGACGACGCAGCUUCGAGAGCUGGGGCGGGCAUUGGUUGUGGCACGGCAGAUUGAAGUGCAGAUGCAAGAGCUUGGACGGGGCGGUGGCGGGGGUGGUGGUGGGAGUGCGGGGGGCAGAGGCGAUGGCGGUGCGGAGUACAACAAGGCGCUUGUGCGCGUAAGCCAUAAUAUCCGCGAGCUGCGGCUGGGGAGGGUCCUGGCGGAUGUGGACGACGAUGUAAUCCUGGCGCAGGACCUAAAGAAACAUGUGUUUGUGCCGGCGGAGACGGCAGUGCUGGCGAAGGCUAGGGAUGCGGUGUUAGCGUUCGAGCCCGUGGCGCCCUCUACCGCUGCCUCGGGGAAUGGUACUAGCAACGGGAAUGGUAGCGGCGGUACUGCGCCGACAUCGGCCGCGGCAACAUCAGCAUUCGGAGUAGGAGUUGCGGGCGGUGCCGGGGCCGAAGUGAUGCGUGCUCGUGCCGCAGCAGGAGUACUAGCACUAUACCUCCUCUCGCGGGAAGAGGCGGUCCUCCUCACGAACGCCGUUCAAACCCACCUCAACAGUGCUGUCAACGCCAGUCUCACCGCGCUCACCCGGAGUCUCACCGCACUGACCACGCUCGACCGCAGCGUGGGCGAAGUCGCCGCCCGCUGCCAAAACCUAGUCGCCCUCCAAGCCCUCCUCUCGGGCAUCCCGGUCCCAACGGAAGAUAUCGCCGACGACCAACAGCAACAGCGAAAACAAAAAUCUCUGCUCGACCCAGUGUUAACGCAACUCGACAGCGGCGGCGGCUUGCCAAGUAUCUUCUUCCGCAGUCUGGCGGCAGGGAUAGAGCCGCGGGUGCGGGAAGUUGCUGCGCGGGGUGGCGCGAAUGCUCGCAUUUUGAAGGGCGCGAAGGAUCGUGUAAGGAAUGCGUUCCGUGCGUGUGUGGAGCGGGGAUUGGUUGGUGCUGCGGCGGAGCGAGGGGCGGUCGAGUUUGAGGUUGCGGUUAUGGUUGGGGCUGCGGGGGCACUGGGAAGAUGAACAUGCACGGGGGCAUACUUAUCAACGAAGUGGGCAUAUAGGGCGUUUUGGUUGGGCAUUACGAUAGAUCGAUACAUAAUGAAUAAAAGAAGCAAAAUUGGCUGCAUCAUCCAUAUCACUCGUGCAUCACUGC